CCCCAGGAAGUCGAGGACACGACCCCGAGCCGCUGCUCCACCAGCUUCAAGGUUCUGGUUGUCUCGUCCCGGUUCCGGGGGAAGCCCCUGCUCCAGCGACACCGGCUGGUGAACGAGCUGCUGGCCGAGGACCUGAAGCACAUUCACGCCUUCGAGCAGCGCACGCUGACCCCUGAGCAGUGGGAGAAGGAGCGGGGGGGUCUGCAGUGAGCCCUCCCCCGCAGCAGGACGGAGCUGGAACCCCCGCGCCCCUCGGAGCUGGGCCAUCAGCUGCAAUAAAGGCUU